CUUUUCUAGAGUCUGUAACGUGUAACUUUGAGAAGAGUCUGUGUGGCUGGUACCAAGAUAUGACUGAUGACAUUGACUGGAAGUUGGGAAGCUUAUCAGAUCACACAACAGGGCAAGGUCGUUAUAUGUAUGUGGAAGGAGAUUCUCGCGAGGAUCGUGGUAACAUAGCACGCCUUUUAUCUUACCCGCAAUCUAGCUCACAAUCACAGUGCUUGUCGUUUCACCAUCGGAUGCAUGGCCCAGAUACAGGCACUUUGAACAUAUUCAGUAUAUAUGAUGGAGGAGAAGAGAAGCUGAUCUGGACCAGCUCUGGAACCCAGGGAAAUCGCUGGCACCGAGACUCUGUCACUCUCACUGGCCAGAACUAUCAGCUAAUCUUUGAAGCGAUGCGGGAUGGAUCUGUGGGUCACAUUGCCAUUGAUGACAUCACUAUCACAUCUGGCACCUGCCCUACUCCUACACGUUGUUCUUUUGAAGCUGGAACCUGUGGCUUUUCCUCCGAGGGAACAUACACAUGGAAGUUACAUCAGCACAGUCCCUCUGAAUCGCACAAUGGGCCUUAUUUUGAUCACACUCUGCAGACCUUUACAGGAUUUUAUAUGCUGAUUGAUACCAGCUCUUCCUCCUUGCCCUGGAAAAAGACCGCCAUUUUGACAUCAAGUAGUUACAGUGCUCAACCAGAUGAAGCCUGUCUGAACUUCUGGUACCAGCUAGGAGGGGCAGAUCCAGGAAAACUGACUGUGUACAUUGAAGAGGAUACUGGAAAGAAGAAGGUGAAGAGAGAGCUACUGAGUAUCAGUGAGAACCAUCAAGAAAGCUGGCACCACAAAAGCCUCGCACUCCAGUCUGAGAGACCCUGGGUGCUGUUGUUUGAAGCAGUGGGUGCUGGUGGAGAUCGUUCAUAUAUUGCCUUGGACGAUAUUCAUAUUAGACAUCAUCGUUGUCAUGAAGCAGUAUCAUGUGACUUUGAAUGGGGAACAUGUGCUUGGACCAAUGUUCGAAUCCCCCUUAUGGACACUUACGAUUGGGACUGGACAUGUGGGAAUGCUCUGGCCAGACCAAACUUCGCUCCAGAGAAAGACCACAGUCCUGGCACACUGGAAGGACACUAUGCAUUUGUGGACACAGGCGCAAUGCAUGCAGAGGGAACCUCAGCUUGGCUGAUCAGUGAGCAUCUGCCUGCUACCGGUGGAUCCUGCUUCAGUUUCUGGUACCGUACAGACUCCCAGGACCAUUCCCAUCUGGCAGAGCUGGUUCUAUAUAUCACCAGUUCACAAGGCCUGCAGCCGGUGUGGGUUUUGCGUGGCUUCCACAGCAAUGACUGGCAAGAGCAACAGCUACAGUUCAACAGCACUGUGGAGUUCCAGAUUGUAUUUGAGGCAUCGAAGGGUUCUCGUCCUCAAGGUUCCAUUGUGGCACUGGACAAUGUGAAGUACACUCCUGACCUACUCUGUAAUUCGGAGCCAAAGCACAAAGAGAAACAGAAUUCAGGAACGAUCUGGGCCACAGUUAUCAUUGUGAUCAUCAUCCUCCUGUUUUCGCUGCUAGUCUUCUUUAUCUACCGGAAAUGGAAGAGAAACCAUGGGAAUGGCCCAUCACUGCCUGAACAAGGGGACCAAAUAGACGGCUUGGAUAAUGUGUCAUAUGAGCAGUUUCAGAAUGAAGACAUGGCUUCCACCAGCUCAGGGAGAUGAAAGUUAAAAGGCCAUCCAAUC